AUGGCUAAAAGAAAACAAAAACAACAAGAUAUUGAAAAGAGAAAAAAACUAAAACAAGCCCAAGAUGCACAAUUAUCAACUGGGUUGUUCAACAAAGUUGAUGGAAAUUCCGAUAAUGAACAACAUGGAGAAAAUGAGGAAAUUGAUUGGGAAAAUGAAGAAAUGGAUUAUGAAUUAGUUCCAAGAACUAUGAAUUCUAAAAAAGUUGUUGAAGCAUUACCUAUUAAAAACCUUGAUGGGACUAUUGAAAGAGUUGUCAGAGAAGUAGACGAAGAAGAGGAGGAGGAGGAGGAAGAAGAAGAAGAGGUUGAAGAAGAGGAAGAUGAAGAAGAUGAUGACGAAGAAGAAGAAGAGGAUGAAGAGGAAGAUGAUGGAUUAACACCUGAAGAAAGAUUACUUCAAACUAAGAAAGAAAUCUCUGAUUUGGCAAAUAAAUUAAUUGAAGAUCCGGAAGAAAACAUUUCAUGUCUUACAAGAUUACGUAAAAUGUCUGAAUCUAAAAAUUUUGUUACAUCACAAUUGGCAAUUUUAGCAUUAGUUAAUGUUUUCAAAUCACUUGCACCAUCUUAUAAAAUUAGAUCAUUAACUGAUUCUGAAAAGAAAGAAAAAGUUAGUAAAGAUAUAGCAAGAUUAAGAAAUUUUGAACAAACUUUACUUAUUAAUUAUAAAUCUUAUAUCGAUUUAUUAACUAAAUCCCUGAAGAUUUCCUAUUCAAAUUCCAUGAAUAAUAAUAAGAUUACUACUGAUCAAUUGAAAAGAGGAAAUAUUGCUUUAAAAGCAGCUACUGAAUUAUGUAUGAGUUCUUUAAAACAUUUUAAUUAUCGUGAAGAAUUAUUUACUAUUGUUGUUAAAAGAUUAAAUAAAAAACCAAAACAUGAAAAAGAUUUACAAGUUUUCACUAAAUCUUUAAGAGUUUUAGAAACUUUAUUGAAAGAUGAUGAAGAACAUGGGGAUAUUACAUUUGAUGUUGUUAAAGUUAUGACCAAAUCUAUUAGGGAUAAGAAAUUUAGAGUUGAUGAAUCAGUAAUUAAUGUGUUUUUAUCACUUUCAUUAUUAGAAGAUUAUGAUCCAAAUAAUAAUAAAGAUGAUGAGCCUAAACAAAAAUUAAAGAAAAAGGAUAGAGUUCAUUUAUCCAAAAAGGAAAGAAAAGCUCGUAAAGAAAGAAAGCAAAUUGAAGAAGAAAUGAGAAAAGCUGAACAAGCAGUUACUAUGCAAGAAAGAGAGAAAUAUCAAGAACAAGUACUUAAAAUGAUUUUAACAUUAUAUCUUGAGAUUUUAAAAGCAGGUACUCAAAUGUCCAGUGAUGGCAAGAAAAAUGAUGCUACAUUAUUGAUGGGAUCAGUAUUGGAAGGGUUAUCUAAAUUUGGUCAAAUGUCUCAUUUACGUUUACUUGGAGAUUUCUUGGAAGUAUUACGUGAAAUCAUGGGAGAUAUAGUUGAUGAACAUUCAUUUAAUCAAGAAGGAGAAAACGAAGGAGGUUUAUAUACUGGUAAAGAAUUAAGAACUAUUUUAUUAUGUAUUGCAACUUCAUUUUCCCUUGUUUUAAAUCAUAAUUCAAUGGGUAAAUUACCAAUGGCUGUUGAUUUGAGUAAAUUUGUCUCCACCUUAUAUUUAAUUUUGGCUGAUUUAUCCUUAGAUCCAGAUUUAGAAUUUAGUUAUAAGACAUUGAGAUUAGCUGAUCCAAUGUCUAAUGAAGUUGAAAAACCUGCAGUUAAUGUUUCAACGAAAGCCGAAUUAUUAUUAAGAUGUCUUGAUUUUAUUUUCUUUAGAUCUAAAAAUGGUACUAUUCCUCGUGCAACAGCAUUCAUUAAAAGAUUGCAUAUGUUGACAUUACAAACACCAGAAAAGACUUCCUUGGCCACAUUGAAAUUUGUUGGGAAACUAGUGAGUAGAUAUGAUGAAGGAAUUAAAGGAUUAUGGAAUACAGAAGAAAGAAUCAGUGGUGAAGGGAAUUAUGUUUUAGGUAUUGAAAGAUUAAAUAAAGAUGUCGAUAUAGAAAGAAGCAAUAGUGGUGCUGCUACUUUAUGGGAAAAUGUUCUAUUAGAUAAGCAUUAUGCUAAUUUGGUAAAAGACGGUUCAAGAUCAUUGAUGAAGAAUAGUAAACCAUCAUCAGGUAGAUAG